AUGGCAGCUGGCGGUGCUCACCAAAAAAACAAGAAGAUUAAGAAGAUUAGAAGAACAAGAAGGAAGGGAGAAGGAGAACAAGUUGCAGAUGAGUGGUUCUCACCGGAGCGAUGCCAAGAUCGCCGUCGCCACUCCGGCCGUGAUAUAUCGACGAUAGGACUGAAUCACUUCUUGAAGACUUGGAUUGGAGUUGAAGAUGAUCAUGACAUUAAAUACAAUCUAGAUGCAAAGUUUCCUGCUGUAUUGGUAACCUUGAAGAUGCUCAAAGAGUCGUCAUCACCAGUGUUGGAUGCUGACAGAAUAGAAGUUCCUUCACCAAAAGAAGAAAAUAAUUCGACAAAUUCUGAAGCUGCUACAGAUAGUGAAGACAUUGAAAUUAGCGAUGACGAUGAUGAUGACCGCAACCACAAGCACCGAAGACGGGAGGCUAGACAACAAUCUGAUGAUAAUACAGAGGAGCAACAUCCAGGGCCACCUCUCAAAAAAAGGAGUAGGGUUUCUGGUAAUGGACUAUCUUUUGGUGGAGCUGGUUCUCAAGGUGAAGUACAGAAGGAUUUUGUGCCAAAAUUCAAAAAACGUUCUGGAGUAGGAGGUCACACUCGAGCACCUAGAGCAAACCAAUCCUUCCGAGCUGAUUCAUCGGCUUCUGCUGCUACUCGCCCUCCUAUGACACGAGGAAGAGGACGGAAUGGUGCACCUUGGACUCAUCAUGAUCCAAGAUUUAACUCACUUGAUAUGAUGGAUUUUGCAUCCCAGAUGGCUUCACAAGGACCACCGGCACAUCCUAGCUUAUUUAUGGGCACUGCAUUGCCAAGUGGUCCAUAUGGAUUUAUGCCUGGAAUGCCUCAUGGGAUUUUGGAUCCAAUCCAUCCACUUGGAAUGCAAGGCCCUAUUCAUUCCUCAGUAUCUCCUUUGAUCGAUCUUGGCAUGCCUCGUCAACGUUGUAGAGACUUCGAGGAACGUGGAUUUUGCUUGAGAGGGGAUAUGUGCCCCAUGGAGCAUGGUGUAAAUAGAAUUGUUGUUGAUGAUAUGCAGAGUCUCUCUCAAUUCAAUCUUCCAGUAUCAGUUCCAAAUGCUCAAGGAUUGGGAAUCCCAAAUGAGGGAGGAACCAGUUCUGUUAACUUAUCAAGCCUUGGAGGGAGUAAAAGCGUUCUUGUAAAAGAUGUGAAAUCUGGUGUAGCAACUGAUGCAUUAAAGCCAAAUGGAAGUGCUGUUUCAGCCAUUGCUGAUGCUGAUGUAUAUGAUCCUGAUCAGCCUCUCUGGAACAAUGAACACCCAGAAGCAUCGUGUACUGGCUUUGUACAUAAAGAUGUUGGAGUUUGGAAUUCUGAAUCGUAUGGUUAUGAAAUGGGGCAGGAGCAUUCAAACCAGGUUUUUGCUUCUGAUGGUUCUCAGAGUUCGAAGUCUUCUGUUUGGGGGCGAAUAGCAUCAAAAAGAAAACCAGGAGGUAGUAACACAGCUAAAACUACGUCAACAAGUAUCACUGGAAGCCAAAAAAGUGAUUACGAUGAGAUGGCUCUCAGCAUGGGCCAAGUAAAGUCUGCUGCUAAGGAUACUAAUGGUCAACCCAAUUCAAGAAUAUAUGGAGAUGUGGGCCUGCAAAGUAAUCGAGCUUCUCAGAAAGCAUCCCGUACACUAUAUGUACAUGGAAUUCCCCAAGAAAGCAACAGAUGGGACGCCCUUCUAUCGCAUUUUCAGAAGUUUGGUCAAGUAAUAGAUAUUUAUAUUCCAUCUAACAGUGAAAAAGCUUUUGUCCAGUUCUCGAGAAGGGAAGAAGCUGAAGCUGCCCUAAAAGCUCCAGAUGCUGUUAUGGGCAACCGCUUUAUAAAGCUAUGGUGGGCCAACAGAGAUAGAAUUCUGGAUGUGGGAGAGGGCAGAAUCUCUGGAAAGUCUUCCCAGUUGUCUACUACACCGGCUAAUUCUUUCCCCAACAGAGUCAAGGAAAAUGUUCAAUCAACAGCUCCAAGGCCCAGUUCUGGAUCUUCUGCUGAACCGUUGAGUUCUGGUACACCAGGUUCUAAAAUGCUGCCAGCAAGUAAUACAAAACCAGUACCACCCCAUGCUCCAAAAAGGCAAGAAAGUCUAGAACUAUUGGAAGAACUACGUAAAAAACAAGAGAUCUUAGCUCAGAAGCGUGAUGAGUUCCGCCGCCAGUUAGAGAAACUUGCAAAACAAAAAGGUUCAGCAAAUUCAGUUAAGCAUGCAGAGGCUGGUGGAAAAGAAAUUGCUUCUAAUGAUGCAUCAAAAGUAAAGGAUGCAGGGUCCAUGAGGGCUGAAGGGGCACUGGAGAUUGCUGGUUCAUUGGAAAAGAGAAGUUCUGGAGAGUUUGCUUCAUGCUCUCAAAAGUCUGCUGCGACAUCCACGCAGAAAUCAGCGGUGGUUACAAAACAGACUAAUCUGCCAGCACCUCCUCAGAAUAGGUUUAAGCUUGACAAUCGAACCACAUCAUUCAGAACUCUUCCACCUUUGCCACCUGAAAUUGCAAAUGAAUCUGUCUUGGCAGACCAUUUCUCAUCAUUUGGGGAGCUUUCGUCAGUUGUCCUGGAAGAUACUGAAGCCCAUAACCAUGAUGCAACCCUAAAACCUUCUCUGAGUUGCUCGGCUUGUGUGACUUACACAACGCGGCAAUCAGCUGAGAAAGCAUUUAUUGGUGGUAAAUCUUGCAAAGGACACACACUACGAUUUAUGUGGUUGACAGCAUCUCCAGGCUCAAAUAACCAUUCUAGACCUCAGAAUACCUCAGUUCCUGUGAGGGCCUCCAGUAUCUCUGGCCAUACUCAAAGCAUAUCAUCUGAGUCCCCAAGCCCUGUUGGGAAAGUAUCAUCUCUUGCUACAUCUGUUACAGUAGCCAUUCCUCGUAAUAAAUCCAUCUCAACUGUGGAAAAUGCAAAGACUUCUCCAGUUGGAAUUUCCAAAGCUUCAUGUUCUAGUUCCUCUCUAUCAUCAAAUGAUGAGUGUCCUCCUGAACGUCGUUCCACAAGGAAUGUUAUCUCAGAUUCUGACAUUCCACAAUGA